AUUAUAUCACCUUUUGACAAAACAAGAGGUGCAACCAAACUUGUCAAACCCAUGUUUGAAGUGAAUUUAGCAAUGGAUCCGAAAAGUAAGAGCUUAGAAUCAUCACUUACAGUUCCAAGUGUUCAAGAAUUAUCACUUCAAAAUCCACAAAAAGUGCCACAAAGGUACAUAAGAGACGAUUCUGAUCAUGAUUUCUGCACUUUUCCUUCUUCUGAUCCAUCUCUUACAAUACCCUUGAUUGAUAAAGCAAAGUUGGUCAACGCUGAUACACACCAAGAUGAGCUUCAUAAGCUUCACCUUGCUUGUAAACACUGGGGUGUUUUUCAGAUGGUAAAUCAUGGAGUUUCAUCUGUUAAUAAUAUGGGGAAUGAAGUUAAGAGAUUUUUUGAACUUCCUAUACAAGAGAAAAAAAGAUGGGCACAGAAAGCAGGAAGUCUUGAAGGGUAUGGUCAAGCAUUUGUUACAUCUCAAGAACAAAAGCUUGAUUGGAAUGAUAUGAUCUUCCUUAAAUCUUUACCUAUUCAAAAUAGAAAAUUGGAUUUGUGGCCUCAAAGUCCUCCUCAGUUCAGGGAAACAUUAGAAAAAUAUUCAGAAGAAAUGAGGGAGGAAGCAAUAUCAAUAGUGAGUUUCAUUACAUUGGCUUUAGGGAUUGAUGAUACAAAGAUAUCACAAAGUUUCCAUGAAGGACUAUAUGAUAUAAGGAUGAACUGCUAUCCACCUUGUCCAGAGCCUGAAAGAGUUCUCGGGAUCAUUCCUCAUGCCGACAACUCUGCGAUCACUCUCUUGGUUGAUUUUGGUGAUUUUCCAGGACUGCAGUUUCUCAAAGAUGGAAAUUGGGUCAGUGUUGAACCAAUAGAAGGAGCCAUUGUUGCUAACAUUGGCCAUAUAAUUGAGGUUAUGACAAAUGGGAUAUACAAAGCACCGGAGCAUCGAGCCGUCGUGAAUAAGGAGAAGGAAAGAUUGUCAAUAGUGACAUUCUGCUAUCCAAGUCCUGCUAUAGAUAUUGGACCUGUUGAAAAGUUAACCGAUGAAGAUAACCGACAAAUAUACAAGAACAUGACACAUGCAGAAUACUUCAACAGGUUUUUCAAUAGGAAGCUCGAUCAAUCCUUUAUUGAUAGUUUGAAAUUAUAAUGAUAAUUAAUGUUUAAUCAUACAUCUUUUUUGUAAUCUAAAUACAAUUCAAAGUCAUAGCAGAAGUUACUUCUUACA